CAGCACCGUCGUCGUCGUGGCAGCAGCCAGUGGAGCGCCAGCACACGUGACCAGUCUAAUCGUGGCGGCGGUCUCUUCGACUUCGACUCGAACGAUCCUUUCCGUGGCUUCUAAAGCAAUUCACUGCGCUUACGACUCGCUCAUGUGUGACGGGUAUGCUUUACGGUCGAUCGGUUGUCUUCUGUCGUGCGUUGCUCUGUUUGUCUUCGGGUUGUUUCCCAUCGCUCACUUGUAUCUUCUCACAUCUUUCCUACCACUAGGGCUACGACCCAUACGACCACACGUCAUCACUGCGGAGGCACACUGGCCUCGACUGCAUUUUUCCUUGCUGUCACUUUAUUUCUCAGUCUUCUGUUCUCCCACUCGCUCAACAUACCCUAGGGGCGUGCCUGCAAGGCUAGAAAGCGGUCGUGCUCGCGCACAACAUAUCAUCUAUACCGCCUAUUUGUAAUGUUUCUUCUCCAAGCCGGCUUUCGCAGCUGCGCACCCUUGAUACCCCUCUCGCUACCUUUACCACAUGGUUUUUGAGCGCCUUUUGUCUCCUUUUUGUGUCUUUUCCUUG